AUGCUGUCUCUCACCGCUGGGGGACUUGUUGACAACACUUUUAUGGACUUUGUCGCUGAUUAUCAUCAGCAAUCUCUGGAAGCAAUGAAGGGGAAGGCCGGAAAAAUCAGAAAGACAGAGAAUAUCGGGAACAGCCGAAAGACCAGGAAGGGCGGAAACGUUCUUGGUGAGAUCAUCCACCAGUGCGACAAGCCCGAGUCCCUCAACACCUCUGUCGCCGCCUUCUACGAGUGGGCUUCCGGCAAGAAGACUGAGGACGACCUUCCCGCUCCCUUGGGUAACUGGUUCGAUGUGAAGGAUGUUGCCCUUGCCCACGUUCGAGCUCUUACUGCCCCCGAGGCCGGAGGCAGCAGGUUCAUUGUCGGAGCGGGCUCCUUGGCUGGCCAGGACUUUGUUGAUGGUAUCCACAAGAACUUCCCUGCUGUCAAGAACGUCCCCGUGGGCACUCCUGGCAAGCACGACGAGAUCUGCAAGGACCUUGACAUCUUUGAUGGAAGCAAGGCUGAGAAGGUGCUUGGUAUCAAGUACACUACGUUGAACGACUCUAUCAUCCAGAUGUUCGAGUCUUUGAGGAAGAGGUUCGGUACGACGACGGUACCAUCUAAUAGAAACAUAGAUAUAUAG